AGCGAGAAUUGGGCCUCCAAGCAAAAUGCAGCUCCCAAGGUGCCUUCCCACGCCCGAGGGGGAGGCAGUCAGGGGCCUUUUGUCUCUGGCGGCGUGAGAGCGCUUUCUUGGAGGAAAUGCUUGCGGCCAGGUGAGUGCCAACUGCCAAGCACCGCCUCCCCACCUGGACGGGACAGAGAGAGGGAUAGACAUAUAUAGAGCAACGCGCCAAGGCCGAGCGCGCUUCGCCUCUUCCGUGGGGUCGCUUUCAAUGAAGAUAUCCAGGUGGCAAAGGUGGCUGAGCUGCUGAGUGGCGUGAGGGCCUGCGUGGAAAGGGAAAGCGAGGCCAAGGGGGCGAAGGGGAGGCGAGGGCGUGUGCCAUGGCGGAGCCCAACCCCAAGCGGCUCAAGAGCGGGCUGCCCUUCUGCACCAUCCACCGGCAGCAGCAGGCCCGGGCGCUGGGCAAGCUGGUGAAGCAGAACUUCCCUCCCGUGGUGGAAGAAGGCCUGUGCGGGCUCAGCAGCGCCCUCCUCGAAGGAGCCUACCUCUUCCAGAUGCUGGGUGAGACAUUUGACCAUUCUGAUAUGGCUUUACCAAAUGUCUCAAAAUUCUUCCUGGACCAGGCAAAGGAGGAAAGGGAGGCAGCAGAAGCUUUGAUACAAUACCAGCAUGUCAGGGGAGGUGCAUACUGCACCAAAGUUAUCCAGAAACCACCCAAUAUACUCAUAAAUGGUGUGGCACCAGCCCUAGAAGUUGCCGUAUUACAAUGGAAGACGGUGGCAGGCUAUUUUGAAGAGCUGUAUGCUCUGUGUGUCAAGUAUGCAGAUCCUCACACUGCAAGCACAAUCAAGAAGGAAUUUCUCAGACCCAAGAUCACAAGAAUCAAGAUGGCGGGAGAUUUGCUUACCAAUGCCCAUAGGCUUAGGAGUGCUCAAGAUGGAAGAGGUGACCUUGAAAACUACCUUAUAGACCGCUUGCAAAAAGAACUCAAGAUUGGGUCUGAAUCAGAAACUUGCUGCAGUUUCUGUGUGCCUGUUCAGAAAUCUAUAGGAGAUGCAAGGGAGCGACAACUCCUACAAGAGGAAUUCCUAUGGCAAAGGAAUAAUGUAAGGCUGAAACAUGCAGGCCUGUACUGCUUCACUUCUCAGCCUCGGUGGAAAGGUUUGCGGGAGGCCGAUCGAAGACAGAACCAUAAAUGGUAUUAAAUUUGAUGAGAUUGUGACACCAGGCAUGCACACACACACACACACACACCAUCAUUGAGCACUUAUACAAUAUGCAUACAUCUCUAAAUUGCUCUAGUAUUGAGUGUCUGUGGAUGACUGUACAGUUAGUGUGAAAGUAGAAUCCUCACCAACACGUUAACUGCAAAAUCACAAUGUGGUCAUUCAUUAUUUCGUUGCUUAUGUCAUGUUUAAAAGGUUAUUUAAAGACCUGACUUGUUUAACAUCCACAAAAUCUAGUCCUGUUACUCUGUUAACUGCUCAGAACAUCCAGACUCAUGCCUUCCUUCCAUACUCUCAACCUACAGCACAGAUUGGUAUUUCUAGUGUUUCUUGUCUGAUCUACAGUUGGGGAAUGGGGUACAAUACAGCAGUUGAGAGGUGCUAUGGAGUAACUAAUCUGCACAUCUGCAGUUUUCAGUGAGGUAGUGAAGAUGGAGGGCUUUUCCAAACUUGGCCAAAGUCUAGGGAUUUGUACCUCUACUUUCGUGGAUUUUAAAAACUAUUCAGAUGAUGUAUCUCCUGUCCGAGACCAUUUCUCAUGAAUAAAUCUAAAUGUGUGAGAUCAGGGACAUAAAUAUUGGAGAGGAGCAUGAGGGAGGGGGAGACAUGUUAAAUUCAUGGAUGAAACAAUGAAAAGGAAGGAAACUGCUCAGCCCAGAGCUAACCACAUUUAAUGCUGGUAGUAGGAGACACAGAGAGUAAAAGAAACCCUGCUAUAUUUAGCACAUGACUAGAUUCAGGAGCAGGAAGAAACUAUUACCCGGUGUGAAAUCCAGGAUUAGAAUAACAAUACAUUUUUGAACUAACUGGCCCAACUGAAGGAUCCUAGAGUCUUGCAGAUUCAUCAAAAGCUUCCAGAUGCUGUUGUCAUGUCUUCAGAUGCAAAAGGUAUUCCACUGAAGGAGUCCAUGCUGUGAUCUUGCAGAAGUUAUUGUAAAACAGCUUCUAGAUGGGACAGUUUUUCCAGACUGGGCAACACAUAAGCUUGAAGUCAGAGAACCCUUCAAAUAUUCCCCAUUAUGGAAUGUGAAGAGUACAUUUUCCCCUACAGCAGUGGUAUCAGGGUGCAAAGUGUGUGGACCUCAAUGAAUGACACCAUCUGGGAGGGGAGGGUCACACCCCAUGAGGCAUUUUCUCAAUAUCUAUCUCAAGAUCCCCCAGCUUCUCCCUGUCCACUGGCCACGAUGCCAUCUGCUACAC